UGUUGUGCUGAGGGCAGGAUGGCCUUGCUUCUGCUGGCCUGCUUGGCUGGAUUUGCCGGGCUCGCCCGUGCUCAGCAGGACUCUGUCACCCAGUCCCCCUCGGCGUUGGUGAUCCACGCAGGGGACACUGCCACCUUGUCCUGCAGUUUCUCCACCAGCGAUACCUACCCAUACCUCUACUGGUACCGGCAGCAUCCAAACCGGUCCCUGGAGAUGCUGAUGCAGCUCUACAAAGCUGAGUGGAGGAAGCAAGCAGGGCGGCUCUCCGCGGAGCUGCACUUUGGGAACUCCUCGGGGCGGCUGGCGAUCCAGGGCACCACGCUGCAGGACAGUGCUGGGUAUCUCUGCGCGCUGAGUGACACAGAGGGCUCUGGCUGCUGCUGCACCGUGCAGAAAGGUGUGGGCGGCUCUGUGGGACAGCGAGAGGGCAGGAAGCCCAGUGCCUCUUGGACGGCUGAGGAGGUGGACACACAGAUUGGCUCCACCAGACAGACUGCGGAGUGGGAGCCAAGCCCUGGCCCUGCCAUGCAGGGUCUCUGCAGCCUCCUCCUCCUCUGCGGGGCAGCGAGAUGGGCCCUGGCCCAGGUGUCCCAGCCACCCCGGCUCACGGCGCUGGAAGGAGGACGGCUCCACAUCUCCUGCAACCACAACAUCACCCCACAUCAGAGGAUGUACUGGUACCGGCAGCCCCCGCAGGGUCAGGGGGCCCCGAUCUUCCUGGGGAGCGGGUACGAUGGGACCUCGCCCGCAGGGGAACUCACCAUGGAAGUGUACCUGGCCUCCCGCUCCAGCACCCUCUCCCGGGACGGUGCCAGGCUGCAGGAUGCUGGCAUCUACUACUGCGCCACAGAGGACACAGUGACAGGGGUGGAGGCACCAGCUGCAUCAAAACCCCCGGCCCAACUUCCUGCCACGUGCACCCAGGGCACAUGCAGUUGGCUGCUGCCCUGA